AUGAAAGAACCACAACCUCCCAUAAGUCACCUUUCCCCACUGACGAGCACAAUAUCACCAUCACCAAGACACAUCCGGUUUAUCGUCCUCGGAGCUGGCUCACGCGGAACAGCCUACGGCCAAGCCGUCACAACCGCAACAACAGGCCACAUCCACGCCGUCGCAGAACCGCACCCUUUCAAACGGCGAGAAUUCGGCCGCAACUUUAUCUGGGGUGAUGGGAAACCGCAGGAUGGACAGGAAUUUGAGGACUGGAGGGAGUGGGUAAGGUGGGAGGUAAAACGGCGGAAUGGUGGUAGCAACGGUAUCACGGCUGAAGGGGUUGAUGGGGUCUUCAUCUGCACUCUGGAUGAUCAGCAUAUUGAGAUCCUCCAUGCCGUUGCGCAAUUCAAGGAUCUGCAUAUCCUAUGUGAGAAACCGUUGGCACUGUCACUUCAGGAUUGUCUUUCUGUCUACCGCUCGCUUAAACCUACUACGGAUGGUGGUGACAGGAACACCAUCUUUUCAAUCGGCCAUGUUCUGCGUUACAGUCCACAUAACAUUCUCCUUCGCAAACUACUUCUCGUCGACCGGGUGAUUGGGGACAUUGUUUCGUUAGAACACUGCGAGCCUGUUGGGUGGUGGCACUUCUCACAUAGUUAUGUCCGCGGGAAUUGGCGACGGGAAACUGCCAAUGGUGAUGGUUCGUUGUUAACCAAAUCGUGUCAUGAUGUUGAUUUUAUCCUUUGGUUGCUUUGCUCGCCGCCUGAGACGCCUACUUCUGCGUCGAAAUCUGCAUAUCACCAUCCGCGCACGAUCACUUCCACUGGUUCAUUGACGCAAUUUAACCCUCGUCGCAAACCACGAAAGGCUGGCAACGCAACAAAUUGUCUCUCCUGUACGGCAGAGAAAGAAUGUAACUAUAGUGCUCUCAAGAUCUACCGUGACAUGCAUCUCUCCCACGGCGAUAUCGACUGGCCGGUGAACAUCGUCUGUCCAGACAUCGAAGAUACCUACCGUACCUCCGGCGCAGAAGCAGCAGACAAAGCCCUUCUGUUCCGGUUACAACAAGACUAUAACAAAGAAACAGACAGCGGUGACAAGAUCGCCUCGAAAACAUGGUACGGCCGCUGCGUCUACGAAUCCGAUAAUAAUGUCUGCGAUGACCAAGUUGUCACCAUCACCUGGGCCGACGAACCCUCCUCAUCAUCUACUGCCUCAAUGAAUGCCAAAACAGCACUCUUCCACAUGAUAGCCCCCACCGAAAAACAAUGCCAACGCCGGGGCCGCGUCUACGGCACCCACGGCGAAAUCUCCUACGACAGCCGCACAAUCACCAUCUACGACUUUGCAACUCAGUCCGAAUCAGCCAUCGAGGUUCCCCGUCAACCACCAGAGGAGGAAAAGGCACAUGGGGGCGGGGACUAUGGGCUUGCGAGGAGUUUUGUACUAGCUGUAGAUGCGGUUGUUAAUCAGGGGAUGAGUGUUGGGGAGGCGCAGGCGAGGUUUGUUGGGUGUACACUUGAGGAGGUGGUUAGGAGUCAUGCGGUUGUUUUUGCUGCUGAGGAGGCGAGGAGGGAGGAGAGGGUCGUUAGGUGGAAGGAGUGGUGGAGGGAGAGGCUUGCUUUGACGGAGUAG